AAGAAGAAAAACAACUGGACAUCAUGGGCCAUUUAACUCACGAUGAGUUCUUCUCCAAGCUCACCAAUCUGUUCGAGUAUAGGAAGAACCAAGAUCACGGAACCAUCAACCUAGUACAAAAGAGGCGUACGUUAUCCUACAGCACACCUUCCCAAUCCAUGGAUACCGACCCUCUCACCGACCUCAACCCUGCCACCCCGCUCCCGGUUCUCAUCCGCGCCACCAACGCCAAGGGCAAGGACAAGAGGACAGAAAAGGUCAAGCUGUCCACCAUUGUCGAGCCAGCAGACCUGGAAACCUUCUACGGGAGGUACGCCGAUGUUUGCAAGAAGGGCAUGGGGGCGUUGAAGCCGAGAGACAGGACCAAGAGGAAAAAGCAGUCGAGGAAGAAGAAGACAGGUCCUGCAGCCGCUGGAGGUCCUGGUGUUGGUGCUGGUGGGACUUCUAUGAUGGCUAUUCCCUGAUCGGACUCGAAGCAAGCGUCGCAAAUUACACCAUUGCUUUUUCUGUCUUCUUGUGUGUACCUGACCUAACGGAAGGGGGGAUCUGUAUGAGGGUACCGUAUUAAAUUUUGUAAUAUUCCCAAGUUUUGGU